ACAGCCCUGAAGAGAGACCUGGAGCAGAAUCAUCCCAUCACUGCUUCCGUGUUCUCCUCCCUUCCUCCACCAUGUCCUUCUCUGAAGCAGAGGUGCAGAGCGCCCGUGGUGCCUGGGAGAAGAUGUAUGCGGAUGCUGAAGACAAUGGGACAGCAGUGCUGGUCAGGAUGUUUACUGAGCACCCAGAUACCAAGUCCUACUUCACACACUUCAAGGGCAUGGACAGCGCCGAAGAGAUGAAACAGUCAGAUCAGGUCAGAGGCCAUGGCAAGAGGGUUUUCACCGCCAUCAACGACAUGGUGCAACACCUGGACAACACUGAGGCUUUUCUUGGGAUACUGAACCCACUCGGCCAGAAACACGCCACUCAGCUCAAGAUUGACCCCAAGAACUUCAGGAUCAUCUGUGACAUUAUCUUGCAACUGAUGGAGGAGAAAUUUGGUGGAGACUGCAAAGCCUCCUUUGAGAAGGUGACCAACGAGAUCUGCACUCACCUGACCAACAUCUACAAAGAAGCGGGUUGGUGAGGGCAGGCGACCUCCAGGCUCUUCAGACUUCUCACCAGCACUGAUUUGCUGCUUUUGGGCCUCCAGCCACAGCUGGAGAAUGAAAAAGUAAAAAAAAUAAUUAAAAAAGGCUUAUGUAAUAUAGAUGUUAACAUCAAUAAUUUCCUUAGAAAAUUGAGUUUCUGUGGUCAAAUGAAAACCGCAGAUGCAUCAAAGCCAGCAUCCUGAUGAGCUUCACAGCUGCACUGCUUCAGGUGGGUUCCUCUGGGGGUGGCCCCUGAAGGCCACAUUUGAAGACCAAGAUUUAAAGCCUGCCAUUUCUGGAAGACUUGCUUCUUUCAGCAGCAUCAGCCCAGAGAGGAACCAUUAGCCUUUACCUUGCCAUCCUCAUCAGUGACGAGAGGGAAACUGAUUUGAAGCAUCUCCUGGGUCACGGACUUUGCAGAGGUUAUUAUUUAAGAGACAAAGGAGUGGGUUUGGUUUUGAACUACCAUGGUUGUUGGAAUGGGGGUCGUUCUGAGUAUGGGGAGGAGCAACAUCUGAAAAAGACACAGGAAAAGGCCCAUCCUGGACAAGGCAACAGUGCCCCCAGCAUGGGGAGAGGUGCCUCAGAGCCUCCAGCACAGAUGGUUCUGACACUGAAUGUGGGCAACACUGGAUCCCCCUGGGCAGGGGUGAACGUCUCCAGCACCUGGAUUUUGCACUGUGACUCCCAGAAGAUUGCUCUGGCUGUGCACCCAGGGGAGGGCAACAGCACCAAGCUCCUGCACAGCUUCUCCUGACAUUCCCUUCAGCAGAGACCAAGUCCAGGACUGUUUAAUUGUUUUUCCUUAGAUGUGGUGAAAUCAUCAGCUGAUAACUGCAAAUAACCACAGGCCGUUCUGCUUCACUGUAACACAAUAAACACAAGGAAAGCUGG